AUGUUGUCUUUACCUAUUCUGCGCAGGAGCGCCUUGUCGCAUUGCCGAUAUUCUGCAUCGGCAGCCACUCCCAUUUUCCUUGAUUUCCUCGUGCCGUCAACAUUUAAGCAUGGCCAAUGUCGGCAGGCGUCAACUACCGCCGGCACCCCCGGCGGCUCCAAACCUCUAUAUGUUCUCAGCAAAGAGCAACGGGAAUUCAUGGAUGGCGCCCUGCGAGUGAAUCAAGCCGGCGAACUCGCCGCGACGCUGAUCUACAAGGCGCAAACGCCUCAGAUCGUCCGCUCAUACCCGCACCUCCGACCCUUGAUGAAACACAUGUACGACCAGGAAGCAGGGCACCUCAAGACCUUCAACCAUCUCAUUGCCAAGCACCAGAUCCGUCCGACUGCUAUGUAUCCGGCAUGGGAGGUAGCGGCCACAUUUUUGGGUUGGUCGACUGCGGCAUUGGGUCGCGAAGCUGCGAUGGCGUGCACUGAGGCCGUGGAGACUGAAAUUGGAUCACACUACAACGACCAAGUAAGAGAGAUUUUGUCCUGGGAGGCUGAUGCCGAGAAGCGAGGGGAGGAGCUGGAUGAGGAACUCAAGGAAAUGUUGGCCACAUUCCGGAGAAUUCGUGACGAGGAACUAGAACAUCUCGACCAUGCGGUGGCCAACGAUUCAAAGGAAGCGAAGCCCUACGAUCCGCUCGUCGAUGUCAUUCGUUUUGGAUGCAGGGCCGCUAUCAAGAUCAGCGAGAAGAUCUGA